AUGCAACCAUCUAGAAUUUAUACCAGUCUCUUUCGGCCAACUGUUCGCCGUGUAACCAAAGCAGAAAUUAAUGGUGUUGGCAAUUCAAAUCAACCGAAUAAAUCCUUGGUGUCAUUACACCGAACAAGUAAUCAAACAUUAAUACCUGAUCAGAAUCCGAUAAGAAAAUUAUCGAAUAAUAUCCAACAAAGUCAGAAUAAUUCAUUGAUUCCGAAUUGUAAAAUAAGUCGAACAAGCAGAAUAUUGAGCCGGGCGAAUCACCGGAUUUCACCAGAUCCUGCAUCUCACAAUGGUAUACCUUCACUCAGUGCAACUAAGUUUUCAUUUACCAGUGAGCCAGGCUCGGACACUCGCGAUGACAAAAAAUCAGAAAAAAAGAAGCGCAGGCGGUAA